GGCAAUCUAGCAUUCCUUUCACGAAAUUUUCCGAAAGCUGCUCCGUACGCACUCGUAUCGUUCCGUCGACGGUCGCGAAAUUCCGGAUCAGAUCUUACAAAAUUAUAUCACUUAUUGAACAAUGGCCACAGUACACGGACGUGUGAUUGUAUAUGGGGGUAAGGGUGCCCUUGGCUCAGUUUGUAUAUCUCAAUUUAAAUUGCAAAAUUGGUGGGUUGGUUCUAUUGAUAUGAAGCCAAAUGAACAAGCUGAUAUGAAUAUGAUUGUAAAUCCUGAGUAUGAUUGGCAAAAGCAGCAAACAGAUAUUCUAACUCAAGUUAGAGAUACAUUGAAGGAUGAGAAAAUUGAUGGCAUUAUUUGUGUUGCUGGAGGAUGGGCUGGUGGCAAUGCAGCAAAUAAAGAUUUUGUGAAAAACAGCGAUUUAAUGUGGAAACAGAGCGUUUGGAGUUCUGUUAUAGCUGCAACCAUUGCAGCUGAAUACUUGAAAGAAGGAGGAUUUCUUUCAUUAACUGGUGCUAAACCAGCAUUAGAAGGAACACCAGGUAUGAUUGGUUAUGGUAUGGCAAAGGCAGCGGUUCAUCAACUGACAAAGUCUUUGGUAGAUAAAGGAAGCGGUCUUCCUGCUAAUAGUUUGGUAACUUGUAUACUACCUGUUACUCUGGAUACACCCAUGAACAGAAAGUGGAUGCCCAAAGCCGAUACAAGUACAUGGACUCCGCUCGAAUUUGUGUCAAAUCUAUUCUGGAAAUGGUCCCAAAAUCAAGAUCGGCCUGCCAAUGGUUCUCUUCUGCAACUCAUUACAAAAGAUAAUAAGACGGAACUGAUUCAAGCUUAAACGUAUUAAAUAUGAAUGAAAAUCGUGGGAACAAUAAUCUUUGAGCAUUUAUGACAAUACAAUAUAUAAUAUA